CUCACCGCCGCCUGUUGGUCUUUCACGGUUGGUGACGAGUGUUAUGAAAAUGGCUUCGACUGUACCCGUGAGUACGAACAACCGGAGAAGAUGACGGUGUUGAGGUUCAUAAGUCGGCGGAACACCGAAGUGACUUCUUUAAAUACGUAGGUAAAAGCGAAGAGAACAGAAACAGAGGGUGUCAGCGGAGAAGCGUCUAAAAAUACAACCGACUACUGCAUAUUUUCGUGGGGCUGAGUGAGGAGCUACUAUGGAGGAUAUCAACUCGAAUAUCAACGCGGACCUGGAGGUGCGGAAGCUCCAGGACUUGGUGAAAAAGCUCGAGCAGCAGAACGAACAGCUUCGGAGUCGACCAACGAUGUUGUCCGCCUCGUCCGGAUCGAUGUCUGCGAACCACAGACCGCUCAGCGCCGGCUACGACUCGUCGUCGCUGUCAGCGGGGAUUGCAGCCGGUCUGGCCGGCUUCCCUGGGGUGGGGUUCGUCGGAACGGGAGGCUACGGUGGUCUGCUGGAGAACAACCGCUGUUCGAGUCCCAGACGGUCUUACGACGGCGUCAGUUUUAGGAGAUCUUAUGGAUGUGAGGGGGCAUCGGCUGCUGCCACGAGCAUGAACUCACUCUAUUCGGAUGUUUCAGACGACAGUUUUAGGGAUGAAGAGGAGACGUCAAUCCUAGAUGAAGUGGAAAUCUUAGAUCUGGAGGAAAUGGAUUGUCUAAACGAAGACGAGGACAGCUGGCUAUAUGAGACGAAGCUGUACAGUCCUCUGCAAAAGGCCUUGAGUCCAAUCGUGUGGUGCCGCCAAGCACUUGACAAUCUCAGUCCUGAGAUGGAAUCAGCCAAGCGCUCACUCAUCCAAAGACUGGACCUCACCAUGUCAGCUAACAAGCACAGAAACAUGUAUGGGAGCCCCUACAACCAGCAGGGUUAUGGAAGCAUGUACAGCUCAAACGCAGCCAACAGCCCUUACAACAGUGGCUUCAGCUCCCCCUCCUCAACCCCCAGCAGAGUGCCCAUUGUCAGACAGCAACUAAUGCCCGGUAAUGCAGUACAACAACGAAACACAACCUCUGAGAGGAAUCCGCCAGCGUUGAGUCCACAGUCAUCUGUGGACAGUGAGCUGAGCACAUCAGAAAUGGAUGAGGACUCAGUGGGCUCUUCAAAUACCUACAAACUCAAUGAUGUCACCGAUGUUCAAAUAUUAGCACGGAUGCAGGAAGAAAGUUUGAGGCAAGACUAUGCUGCGACAGCGUCCAGGCGGAGCUCGGGUUCUUCCUGUCACUCUUUACGACGCAGCAACUUCAGCGACCAGGAGUUAGAUGCACACAGUCUGGAAGACGAUGAGGAAGCGGUGCACCCGGCCUUUCACCUGCCCUCCAACCGCUUUAGUCCCUCCCCCCGGCACUCUCCCCGCGCCUCCCCCAGGAAUUCGCCCCGCUCUCGCUCCCCUGCCCGCUCCAUUGAAUACAGUCACGGCCGUGGCUCGCCACAGCCCAUCAUCAGCCGCUUACAGCAGUCUCGCCACUCUCUGCAGGGCCACGGGCACGACCUGCCAACCAACGUGGUGAAGAAUGAAGAAAAGCUGCGUCGCAGUCUUCCCAACCUCUCACGCACCUCGGCAGCGGUCACAGCUCCGGCUCCAGAGCCCGUCAAGAACAGCCGCAGCUGUGAGUCCAACCUGCAAGUGCCAAACGGUGGCUCUCCUCGACACCAGAGCCAGUCUGCAACAACAGCUCAGCUUCCGAGAUACUCCACCCCCUCUCGCUCCUCCCCGAAACCCAAACAGCACCUCCAAAGCCCAACUGCCCUGCGAGUGCCCUCCCCCAGUAAGCUGCGAACCCCUGCAAGCCCGUCCCCACUGGCCUUGAGGCAGCCCGUAAAGGCCACACCAAACCCUGGUACUGGUUCUGGGUCUGGUUCUGGUUCUGGGAACUCCACACCCACCCGCUCCCUGGCUGCUCCACGCAGCGGCCUGCCUCGUCCUAGUGCUUCUGCUGGAGGGGGAAUCCCUCUGCCUCGCAGCAAGUUGGCCCAGCCUGUGCGCAGAUCUCUCCCUGCUCCUCGGACAUACAGCGGUGGGGGUGACAACUGGAGAGAAGGUUGUUACUGAGAGGGGCCAGCAGAGGGCGCUCCAGUCAAACUAUCAACACAAGGAAGCAGACUUUACAACAUGGCACUUUAUCUACCUACAGAACUUUUACAAUGAAGAAACAAAGCAAGUGACUGUGCCCCCCCCCCCCACCCCCCCAAAACAUAUUUAAAAUUAAAACAAAUUUAAAAAUUGUAGAGGUCACUGUCCACAGGGUGUCCGAGAGGAUUUCUAAUGGUGUUUCUCUGGCACUGGAGGGGUCAGGCAUGAAGUGCAAACCGCCCAUAAAAUGCCAAAGAAACCGGCCCGACUCCAGCUCCGCCUGCAGAGGACACUCCACCUGCCUUGGUUUGACUGCAGUUAUACGUCACUACAUCAUCGUUGCCUAGAUUUCCUCCCACUCCACCCUUGUUCUUCUUUCACCUCCCUCAGGUUGAAAUGUUUCCAUGCAUUUCUCUCUCUUUAUGCUCUGUGUUUUACAGAUGUUGGUGUGAUCUCUAUGAUGAUGAUGAUGAUGAUGAUGAUGCUGUGCAGGUGAAAAUGUCUUGUGAUGUUAGAGAAUCGUUGUCUUGCAAACAGUGAAAGCACCUCGGUGUCGGUGUUUAAAAGAAUCUUUCCUCCUGUAAAAUCAGCCCGAAUGUAUGCACAAGUUUUUCUUUAGAAAAUUAUUUAUUCAAAUAAUUUAAGAAGUAUAUGUCCAAACAUCCAUAUCAGUAUUUAGUUUUUAUUUUAUUUUAAAAAUGUACAUCUUGAACCUCAACUGCAAGCUAAAUCUCCAAAGCCUUAUUUUGUUUUCAGUGUCAAAUCAGAAACUUCAAACACAUUUUUAACAUAGUUUGCCAAGUUAUUUUUCCCCUUAAGUGCUUCGCUUGAUUAUUAGUUAUCUGAUGUUCCAGAAACUUCUAUCUUCAUGCAGCCACUGACAUCAGUGAAUCUUUGCUGUUGUUAUUUUUAGUGCCCAAGCAGAUUUAUCAGUGUGUACCAUUAUAAAUGAAAAAGAAUUUAUCUUUUCACAGCUGGCUUUUACCUCUUGUGAAAACAAAUCAAAAGGUUUGCCAGUGUUGGGGAAGUUUUCCAGUGACUGGUUGUGGUGGUUGUUCUUAAAAUAGUGCCUAUAAUUUAAAGUUUCAUUUGUUUGAACUUGAUUUGUAUUUUUAUCAUGUGCCAAUUCCUUGGUUUGGCGAUAUUAUUUGCAAUUUUUGCAUCUUUGCUUGACUGAUUUGCCAGCCUGCUUGUUUGUUUGUUUUAUUUGUAACUAAAUCACCACAUUUAUAAUUGCUUUAAACAAAUUUAAUAUGCGCCUUCAUAUUUAUAACUAAUUACUCCUUCUGUAAAUGAAUCUAUUUAUUAAAGAGAGAGGUGCCUCUGUCAAAGCUCAGAUUCAGUGGGGAGCUACAACGAAUGUUGCAAAAAGACAUACCACACCUUUUGUGUGACAGUUUUUGUUAAUGAACUUUUUUUAUAUCCACAAACAUGACAUUCUGUUUCCCUGUGUAAAGUCACAUUUCAAAUAAAAGCUGAAAAAAUG